AUGAACACCGCUAAUGGAAUUCAAAAGGGUUUUGCGAAUAGCUUCGUAAAGAGUUCUAAGUCACUCAUAAGCCCUCUGCUAACGAGAGAGAGGGGGUUUGGGGGAGUAUUGGUAACGUUUGGUGUCCGCCGGCACGCAGCGGCGGGGCGUGCGGCGGGGCGGGCGGCGGGCGGGUCGCCGGGCGACGACUCGGACUAUUUCACGCCGGAGGAGCCCGCCACCACCCUCCUCACCAGCCCGCGCCCCUCCAAGCCUGAGGCGGGCGGUAUGACGGUGGAGUGUGCGCCACAGCGAUGGGCCUUACCUCAUCACGUCACUUCUCUACCAGGCACACCCCUGAGCCAGUGGAGCGCGCGCUCGUCGGGCGAGUCGUACAGCUCCACGUCCUCCUCGCGCCAGCUGCUGGCCGCCGCGCUGCCGCCCGCCGCGCCCGUCUAG